AUGCUACGCAAACUAGCCCUGCUGCUAUUCGCAAUUCAUUCAGCAGCAAUCGCAAUCCCCAAAGUGCCUUCAGAUGCCUCAGUCCAGAUCGCAAUAAUUGCGCCCGAAAAGGCCGGGUCAUUUCCACCGCCAACCAGCCAGAUCCAUGAAAAGCGCUACUACUACCUGGAAACCGUGCCCGAUGAAGACGAACUCGAAGUUCUGCUGAAAGAGAAAACCAUGCGCGAGGCGGGCUUUGUAUCGACCUCCCCGGAGUCCUCCACGCCGCAGAGUACUCACUUCUCGCAAAAGCAGAAGCUGCACAAUUCACCGCCGGAUCCGGAAGCGCCGAUCACCUCGCCGAUGCAUCCGAGUGCUGGCGUGCACCUAGAUUCUGGGUCCAGAGAGCAGCCUCAUCGAUUGGUGAUCACGUACCGUUGGGAGCAUGCGACUAUACUGUGGCCCCCGUUUGGGUUCUUCGUCGUUGGUUCCGCCGUUGUGUGUUUCGUGACGAUCUUGAGGAGUGUACGUGCCAAGACGUGA